AUGGGACACAAGGCAGAUGGCAUUUCCCUGCAAAUGCAGAUGGAAGACACGUUGGAGACAUCUUUGAUAGCCCUGGGGAAGAUACAGGAGGCCCUCCUUCCAGCCAGCCAACCUUCAGAGUCUUCGAUGAUAGUGACCUCUUCUCUUGCCACUCUGAUGCUAAGAAGCCAAAAUAUAUCAACUUUGUCUUCAAGUUCUUAUACUCUUGGCUACCCAGCGCCUAUGCAUUUAGGCUUCCCAUCGGCCUCUGCUUUGGACGAUCUCCUGAGUAAACACCAAAGUGUAAACAUUCACGUUACUGGGCUGGCUUUUAAUCCCUUCAAGCAUUUUGAUGAGCAGGAUAUCGUUGGAAGUGUUGGAAACGUAUUACUCACCUCUAAUCAUAAAUCUCUUCAAAUCCAAGACCUGUUGGAAGAGGCAGAGAUAAUACUCUGGAGAGAUGGCAGCAUAGAAACCUAUCCCACCAGCUUCAACAUGAGAACAGACUGCUUUGUGAUCACAGUAAACAUCACUUCCCUAGAAGAAUCUCUAAUAGUCUGGGUAGAGCCUGAAAAUCCUCUUUCCAUCACACUCUACCUUGGUUUCCAGUAUCAACCUAAUAGUACUCAUUUUCAUUUGAACAUCACCCUCCCGAAGGAACAGAUAUGGGAGAAAGAUGAGAAGUACUCGUGGGUGCUUUCUCCAGAAAGUCUGCAACAUGGAACAGGUACCUACUAUAUAACAGCUGUGGUGAACGAAAGCAAGAAGGACCCAAAGCAGACAUUCCUGAAAUUCUCAGUCACCACAGCUGCCACUCAGUGUUAUUUCUGGGAUCAUCACAACAAGACAUGGAAGAGUGAUGGCUGCCGAGUAGGGCCUCAGAGCACCAUUACCAAGACCCAGUGCCUCUGCAGCCACCUGACCUCCUUUCAUGUCUCCUUUAUAACUCCCAGGACGGUGAAUGUCCAGGACACAGUCAAGCUCUUUCAUGGGGUGUCCCGCAAUCCCGUUGGGGUCUCCCUGCUGGCCAGCCUUUUGGGAUUUUAUAUCAUUUUUGUUGUAUGGGCCUGGAGAAAAGAUAAAGAUGACAGGAAGAAGAUGAAAGUCACCAUCCUGGCAGAUAACGCCCCCAGCUCUCAGGCUCACUACCUCGUUCAGGUCUUUACCGGGUAUCGCAGAAGGGCAGCUACAACAGGCAAGGUCAUUCUCAUCCUUUAUGGGUCAGAGGGGAGGAGUGAUCCUCACCACCUGAGUGUCCCCCCCAAAGUCGUCUUUGAACAGGGGGCACAAGACGUCUUCCUUGUCACCACCAGAGCCCCACUGGGGCAGUUGCAUAGCAUCCAACUCUGGCAUGACAAUUCUGGUACCAGUCCAUCCUGGUAUGUAAACCAAGUAAUUGUCAGUGAUUUGGCCACAAAGAAUAAGUGGCAUUUCCUGUGUAAUUGCUGGCUGACUAUUGACCUGGGAGACUGCCAACAGGACCAGGUUUUCACAUCAGUCUCAAAGAAAGAACUCUUUUCCUUCAGAAACUUAUAUUCCUCCACGAUUGUAGAAAAGUUCACCCAGGAGCACCUGUGGCUGUCGAUGGUGACCUGCAGCCUCUGGAGCAGAUUCACGAGGGUCCAGAGACUGUCUUGCUGCAUGACCCUUCUUAUUUGUAACAUGGCUAUCAACAUCAUGUUCUGGAAGCUAAACAGCACAGAGGAGGUAAGACCUUCUUCUGUGACCUGGUCUGAAUUGCUCAUCAGCAUCCAAACUGCUUCCAUCCUCUUCCCAAUUAAUCUUAUCAUUGGGAGAAUCUUCCCACUGAUUCAGCCGCAGGAGAAGAUUCCACCUCAUUUCAUUCCCAUUCAGGCAUCUUCCACCUCAGACACAUCUUUUGGGUCUGUAACUACUCAAAAAAUAAUUGAGGAGUUGAAGGAAAUGGUGGGAUUCUUGCACUUGAAAAAUGCAUGCUUGCCGGCCCAGUGGGAAGGCCUCAACAGGAGUUCUGACAGCAUUACAGAACUCGUCAAGGUGCUGUCCAGCCUUAUUCAUUCUCAUCUAGAAAGGCAAGGAAGUCAACAGCAGCAGAUAGGGUCACAUCUCGAAAAUGAGGUUCCAGAAAAUAUCCGCAAUUUAAACCAUUACCUGCUCAGAGUCAUGGAGAGGCUGCAAUUCCAGUACAGAACGCUUUUGGCAAGCCCAUCCAGAAAGCCCCACAACUUCCUGUGCUCAGCCAGCCAGCUCCAAAGCCUCAGGGAGCUCAUGGAGACCCAGAUUCUUUCCAUGACACAGGGCCCAUGCAGUGAUACCACGAGUUUCCCUAUGCUGGACUCAGAGGAAGAGAAGCCUGCCAUCUCAAACUACCUGCCAAAAUGGUCCAUUUCUAUCUGUUGGCUCCUUCUGGGUGCUACAAGCCUCAUCUCUGCCUUUUUCACAGCUCUUUAUAGCCUAAAGCUGAACAAAGAUCAAGCGACCAGCUGGGUCAUUUCAAUGAUACUGUCAGUCCUCCAAAAUACCUUCAUAAUCCAGCCAGUGAAAGUGACGAUACUCACCCUGUUCUCCUCACUGUUGCUGACAAGGAUAUCAUGGCAUAACAAAGAGAAGGAACAACAGAUGAGGAGGAUCCUGGCUCUCCUGGCAAAAUGUCCCUCCCUGUCACCACCUGGCUUAAGAGAUGAGAACAACCCCAUCUAUAGGGUCCCUCCUGUGAAGAGCCCAGUUAAAGCUCCAGAAAGAACCAUGAAAGAGAAACAACUGUUCCAAAUGGCGAGAGAAAUUUUUGUACAAAUCCUCUUCCUUAUAAUGGUAAUGAUUUCCACUCAUUCAGAAAGGAAUUAUAACAGGUUUUACUUAAAUCAAGCCAUCCAGAAGAGAAUUAAUAACUACUUUGAAGAGAUCAAAUGUAUAAAAGACUUCUACCAAUGGACUAAUAACACCCUAAUUCCUAACCUGUAUGGGGAAUACAGAGGCUUUAUUGCUGAAGGAAAUUCCUUCCUUAUAGGCAAUGUCCGAAUUCACCAGAUUCGUAUUCCUGAUACUGUAUCCUUUCCAAAAAGAAUUCCUCCUAGUGAACAAGUAAAGCUCUAUUAUCAGAAUCAGCAGGAGGAUCAAAAGAAUUAUGGAGUUAAUUGGGCUCCCCUUGAUCUGAACAGCACAAAUCAAGACAGCAUUUGGUCUUACCAGAGUGAGGAAGCCUUGGGUGGAUACCCUAUCCAAGGACAGUUUGCAGUCUACUCAGGAGGAGGCUACAUUGUUGACCUUGGGAACAGCUCUGAGGACGCUAACAGAAUUCUUCAGCACCUGAAGCAGAGCCACUGGCUAGACAGAUGCACCAGAAGCCUCUUUGUGGCAUUUGUUGUCUAUAAUGCUAAUGUGAACCUCUUCUGCGUGGUGACCCUGAUCCUGGAGUCCACUGAUGUGGGAGUUUUCUUCAGUUCUAUCAAAGUGAACAGUUUACAGAUCAUUCAGACGCCCAGAAGUUUCGUCUGGUUCAUUGCCUCAAAAGUUAUCUAUUGUAUGCUACUCUUUUAUCACAUCUUCACACAGGGGAACCGGCUGAAACAAGAAGGAUGGAAAUACUUCACCAAGAAAAGCAAUGCCCUAGACACCAGCAUAAUCCUCAUAAGCUUUAUAAUGCUGGCACUCAAGCUGAAGUGUUUUUUCUUGUAUAAAAGAAAUAUGGCACAAUACCAUCAUAAUAAAAGCAGAUUCAUCAGCUUCCACGAAGCUGUCUGAGUGACCUGCGCUCUCACUUACCUCCUUGGCUUCCUGGUCUUGCUGACCACCAUCCGGCUCUGCUGUCUGCUGCAGCUCCACCCCAGACUCCAGAUCAUCAGCGCCACGCUGAAGAGGGCUUGGGAUGAAGUGGCUGGCUUCCUACUGAUCAUUCUCAUCCUGCUGACGGGCUACUCCAUCACUUUCAACAUUCUUUUUGGAUGGAGCAUCUCUGACUACAGAACCUUUUUCAACUCAGCUGUAACUAUUGUUGGUCUUCUGAUGGGGAUCUUUGAUUACCAUGAGGUUGUCAACUUAGACCCAGUCCUGGGCUCCUUUCUGAUCAUCACCAGUGUCAUUUUGUUAGUGCUUGUGAUCAUUAACCUUUUCGCUUCCGCAAUUAUGCUGACCUUCUGCAAGGAGAGAAAGUCCAUCAUGAAAGAAGCACCACUUACAGAAAUUCUGCUGCAAAAGCUCUCCAAUUUGUUAGGAAUACGGAGGCCUCAAAAGGCAGCACUGCCAGAGCCAACAGACCCAGCAGCAGCAGGCAUCAACAUGGAAGCUUCAGAGAAUGAACCAGCUUGACCUUCUCAUUCCCUAU